ACGUCCCGCUGCCCCCCGGCCACGCCCCAGGCGGGGAGCACGAGUGCUGCGAGCGGGUGGUCAUCAACAUCUCCGGCCUGCGCUUCGAGACGCAGCUCAAGACCCUGGCUCAGUUCCCCGAGACCUUGCUGGGUGACCCCCGCAAGAGGAUGCGCUACUUCGACCCCCUGCGCAACGAGUACUUCUUCGACCGCAACCGGCCCAGCUUCGACGCCAUCCUCUACUACUACCAGUCCGGAGGCCGCAUCCGGCGCCCCGUCAACGUGCCCAUCGACAUCUUCUCCGAGGAGAUCCGCUUCUACCAGCUGGGUGAGGAGGCCAUGGAGAAGUUCCGGGAGGACGAGGGCUUCAUCCGCGAGGAGCAGCGGCCUCUGCCCGACAAGGAGUUCCAGCGCCAGGUGUGGCUCCUCUUCGAAUACCCGGAGAGCUCUGGGCCAGCCAGAGGCAUCGCCAUUGUCUCGGUCCUCGUCAUCCUCAUCUCAAUCGUCAUCUUCUGCCUGGAGACCUUGCCAGAGUUCAGGGACGACCGUGACUAUGAGGCGACCGGGGGGACCUUUGGCACAAGCAGCGGCCCCUUGGCCACGGAGGUCUUUACCAAUUCCUCCUCCUCGGCCGUCUCCAUGGUCUCGUCCUUCACCGACCCCUUCUUUGUCGUGGAGACGUUGUGCAUCAUCUGGUUCUCCUUCGAGCUGCUCGUUCGCUUCUUUGCCUGCCCCAGCAAGGCCACCUUCUCCAAGAACAUCAUGAACAUCAUUGACAUUGUGGCCAUCAUUCCCUACUUCAUCACCUUGGGCACAGAACUGGCCGAGAGGCAGGGGAAUGGCCAGCAAGCCAUGUCCCUGGCCAUCCUCAGGGUCAUUCGGCUGGUGAGGGUCUUCCGUAUCUUCAAGCUUUCACGACACUCCAAAGGGCUGCAGAUCCUGGGGCAGACCCUCAAGGCCAGCAUGAGGGAAUUGGGUUUGCUCAUUUUCUUCCUCUUCAUCGGAGUCAUCCUCUUCUCCAGCGCUGUCUACUUUGCAGAGGCUGAUGACCCCAGCUCAGGCUUCAGCAGCAUCCCUGAUGCCUUCUGGUGGGCGGUGGUGACCAUGACCACAGUGGGCUAUGGGGACAUGCACCCAAUCACCAUUGGGGGCAAAAUUGUGGGGUCUCUCUGUGCCAUUGCUGGGGUUCUGACCAUUGCCCUUCCCGUGCCUGUGAUAGUCUCCAACUUCAAUUAUUUCUACCACCGGGAGACUGAAGGCGAGGAGCAAGCCCAAUAUCUACAUGUCGGGAGCUGCCAGCACCUCUCCUCUACGGAGGAGCUGAGGAAGGCACGUAGCAAUUCCACCCUGAGCAAGUCGGAGUACAUGGUGAUAGAGGAGGGGGGAAUCAACAACACUGCAUUCAAACAGGCUGCCUUUAAGACGGGGAACUGCACAACCACAAACAAUCCCAACUGUGUGAACAUCAAAAAGAUCUUCACUGAUGUUUAAAAAGAGGAAAUGUUUAAAAAAUAAUAAUGCAAAGUGACCAUGUAAUCGGUAUUGUCUGGAACAUGCAUCUUCAUUGGUCUGCGUGUGCCCUUGUUUUACACAUAUAUUUUUUAGAUCAUUCCUAUUAAAGAACAAAGAAGAGGAUUACAAAAUAAUCAGAAGAAAAGAGGAUGAGGGUGGUUAUGGAAGGGAAGAUGAAAGGACAACAACAGAAGAACACGCUCCCCGUUGAAACAGGUGUUUAUUCUGAAACAUGUUGCAGGGCUGCUUUGGAGCUUGGGGUUUUUUUUGGUUUGGUUUGUUCUUGUUUUUGCAAAGAGUCACUGUGCAGCCGAUUUCCCUUUCGAUCACACACUCAUGCAUUUGUUGGACAGAAAACCGUGAGUCAGAAGAGAAAAAUAAAAUUAUAUGGCAGAGCCUUUUUGCAGGCAAGGGGGAGAAAACCAUUUAAUUUUACUGAUGGCCAUGUUGUUAAAUUAUGCUAAAUAUUGAACAUGUGGUGCAUGUCCUUCAUGGGCACAGCCUUGAUUUCUUUUCUUCCCUAGCCAGAUCGUUUAUGAAAUUUUAAUCUGUUCAGAGACCCAAGUGCAAUCAGUUGUGAUUUAAUCAGAAAAAUUGCCCAUAUUCUCUGUGCCUAAUUUCCUUCUCCCACCUAUGGAAUUGUUUCAUCCCACCUGAAAUUCCUGGCUGCAUGGUGUUUGUGGGGAAAUAUCCUUCCCACAUUAGCAGCUGACUAAUCGAAGAGCAUCCUAAGAGUUUGAACAUCCUGUGAGGCCAAUGCAGAUGGGGGAAACUUAGGCUCCUAUUAAAUCAGUAAUGGGCUUUUAGAAGUGACCGUGCAGCCUCAAACAAAACUCGAGCCUAGUAUCAAAGUGUGUGUGGGGGUAUUUCUGUCCAUUUCCAAUGUAUCUGAGAUAAGUGUCUGCAUCUAUCACAAGAGGAUUAAGUGGCAAACGCCUUCCAGCGGAAGUUACUAAUUCGGACCUGAGUGAUGCAGUUUCCAUAGCAACACUGGUUUCCUGGGAAACCCCAAAAGGUUGUCAUGGUAUCCCUUCGCCCCAUCCCCCUUCAGCCUGUGCUGUUUCCACAGUAACCCUUCCAGAUGGUUCCAAGUUCUGCGAUUCCACGGAAAAGCCGCUGCUCUGGUAAACCACACACACAUGCAGAGAGUUAAUCCCAGAGAGAGCUAGGUGUAGACACUAAUUACCCUCCAUGCACACUGCUUUAGAUUUGAAACAUUCCUGCAGUCCUGGUACCUACCGAAGCAAAAUGAUCAUCCUAGGAAUAGGUAGGAUGCUGCUGCACAUGUUCAGAAUAAAACACCUGUUCCUAGGCCAUAAAGACAACAGACCUCCAAAUUACCCUCGCUAUCAAGUUAAUAUCUCAUUGGUGAAAUUAAUUCUCUAUAUGCAAAGCUCUACAUCUGCUCAGAAGUUCUAGAAAGGUGAACUCACCCGUUACUUAAACAUAUGGUACGUGACCUAGAUUUUUCAAAAACCUCCCUCCAGUGCCAAACAGCAAUUCCACUUUCAAGCAUAUACAGAUUGGAACAACCUUUUUCACGCAAAAGGGUGUUGAUCUUUUGACACUGGGUGUGUGUGGAGGGGGGAGUAAGCAUAAGGGUGAAAAGUAUCCAAAAUCCUGAGGGAAAAUAUGCUUGCCUCGUCUCAUCCAAGUCAGCGGCUGCGGAACGUCAGACAGAAACAGGUGAGUUAAUGCACUGUGGAGAAAACAUCCUAAUACCUUGCAGCUUUCGGAUGUCGCACUCAGAUCUUAGUACCCACAGCAGCAUGCAGCCCCCUUUAUGAUUUGUUUUUCAGCCAAGCAUAGGGUCUUACUUCAUUUUGAUUUGCAUAUUGUUUGGUUCAAACCAUGAUGUGUAGAAUUUAAAGAGCACUACAUGGGCUCACUGUGCAGCGAAGCUUCAAUACUGGUUGUGGCUUCAUUCACCAAUAUUGUGCUCAAAUGACGAUUUCCAAAGUGGUUUCAUUCAUUUGGCCUCAGAUCCCUUUUGAAAAGGAAAAUCCAAUCCAAUGACAACCUGUUCCUUCCUGUAAAGAUGCAAGAGGGGAGCAGCAGCAGUCAGAGCCCAGUUAAGAUGCACUUGAGGACGUCUCACUGAAGUUAGGUGUUUUGCCGAGAAUAAAUGGACUUAAGCACACACAAGCAUUUUGCUGAAAUUGAGGAAUUUCUCUUAUUUAUAAUAAAAGAAUGUAGAAAGGGACGAGACAAGGUAGGUUAUAGGCAAAUAAUCAUCUGAUUUUAAUUAUAUGUUUGGAGCUUUAAAAAAAUGUAAUAUGGUUUAAUUAUUUAUAAAAUUCUUGGCUUUAUUGAAGUUGACGUUUGACUACAGAGGAGCCAGGAUUUCAUUAAUGAUUUACAUGUGGUUUUCUGUUUAUUUAACAUUUAUCCAUUUGCCUUCCUCUUCUUUGUGGCCCCCUUUGAGUUAAUAAAACCUUUGAGAAAGUUCAUCGGGUCAGAUCCACGAGUGUAAAAUGACAUAUCAUUAGAACUACAUCAGUUUGCACCUGCUCAGUAUCUCCUCGGCUAAAUGAUUAUGAAAUGGUCAGAUACAAUAUAAGCGAAGCUAUGGCUGUCACUAGGUAGAUGUGAGUGCCCCCUACUUGCCAGUUUUUUUCAGGGUGGGAUCCUCCAUAUUUUUCUUUCCAUACUUUCAUGAACACUUUUGUCAUUCAUCCAAGUAUAAGCUGUUUGUCCAUCAGUUGUCCAUGUAACUCCUCAACAUGUCUUUUAGAUUUGUGUACCUGUGUGUGUGAUUUUGAAGAUAACAAAUCCUUGCUUUGAAAAAACUGUAUGCAGAUUUUCUCAGGGAGAAUAUUUAGUGUUCCUCAUUUCCUAUUUAGGAUACAAGAAGAUGCCUUUGGACGUGUUUUGAAAUGAUAAACAGAAUUAAAGAUUUUAUUUAUUCUGAUUACAAUGGGAAAGGCUUGAAAAUAGUGUCUACUUUUCUUCCCCUCAGAGGACUCUACAUUUACAGAUUGAAGUCUUCUAGCAUCAACAUAUUUGGGUAUGUGGGGGAGGCCUAAGCAUGAAUAUGACACUUCUGAAUUAUUAAAAAGGCAUACCUGCAUGUAUAUAAUGUGCAGAGAGGCUUAAUUAAUCAUUUUGAAUUUGCACAAUGAUUUCUUACCAUAUUUUGGGGAGGGAAGCUUACCAUAUUUUGCACCAAUGAUUUUAUUGUCCAUAAAAGGUGAUGUCUAUAAGAGAUCUGAAAGGAUUUUAUCUCCCACCUUGCUAGGGGCAUGGUGGAUCUCACAGGACCCCGCCAUCACUUUUUGAGAUCAGCUCUUGCAGCACAUCGGACUAGAGUGUUUUUACUCUGCUUAGAAAGGGGCAGCUUUAGAAGAUUAGUAUGAUCUCUUGUGCUGCAUGUGAAUUGUCUGGCAGAUUAUGGAAAAGCCUUCCCUGGCGGGGGGUGUCUAGGGUUAUACACCAGUAUAUUAAUGAAACAUCCCAGUUGACAUUGUCUGUGUACAGAAGUCAAGCAGUUCCGAGCUGGGAUUUCUGCGCCAGCUGGAACUUGGCUCUUCGGUAGCACUUCAGACUGUUAGACAUGGUGUUAACUUGAGUGGCCAUGAAAUGCAUGUGCAUCCUGUCACGGUUACAAUCACAGUGG